UUUAAUUUAAUUCUGAACUUGUUGGAACAAUUAGGAGAACCUGACAGUUUUCUCUUAUAGAUGGUAAUUCACUUGCAAAUAUACAACAAGCUGGAUUGCGUAAUGCUUUUAUCAGUAAUUCCAAUUUAGCUGAUGACCUACUUUUUUUCAUGUAAUUAUAGCUAUGAUAGAAACACUGAGAGCAUCUUAGACGUAGGUUUAAUAUUUCACUAUACAGUGAUUCAAUCAUGAUGCGCAACAGGAAUUCAUGAUGCUUCUACCAUUAAUUCAAUCAAUAAAUCAUGUAUGAUACAAUAAUAGUUAAGCAUUAUUAGUAGAAUAAAAAUUGUAACCUCACUAUAAAGUAUUACUAAUUUACUAUAUAGUAUUAUGUAAGUAUAUUGGAUUCCAAUAUCACUCAACAACAACAAAUAAUCCUGAAAAGCUCUUCACAUUUUUAUGGCAGUGAAGUAUACAUGCAGAACACAUAUUUUACAUUUUACAUAUUACAUUUGUGAUCAGGUCAGGAUCACGACUAAUUGCAAUCACCUGGGCGUGCGGGCUGGGGGUCAUGGGUACGUAACUUCCUUCCCGACAAACACAAAAGAAGCUCUCCCAAAUUGUUUGGUACGCAAGUUGCUUGUCGCUGGUCGGUACAAACCGCGCACUUCAUGCUGGGUUUUGGUUGCGAACAACUCCCUCGCUGUGGUCUGGACUGUCAUCUCCUCCCUACUCCUGUUUCCCUGUGACUACCAAUGCGAAUGCUGGACGUGGAGCUGACACACUUCCCUCCUCUGCUCCUGUUACCCUGGGCUAGCUCGCAUUGUGGAAAAGGCCGAGAUUUGGCCAUGGGUCUUUUAGCCAUCACCUGUCUGUUGGCUUUCCAACUGGCCCUCAUACCCCAAACUAUCCAGUCAUGCACCAGAGGCUCCCCCCGUGAGUGCAAAGAGGCCGAGUUUGCUCCAGGAUCCAACCUGGCCGGUGAAGGCUUCGACAUCACCAAGAUGCAGCGCAAGGGAGCCUUUGUCAUCGACAUGAACCUAUGGAGACGUGAAAACAACACCUGCAUGCUGUGCAGGAACCCGUAUCAAGAGGGCAAGAUGCAGAAAGUCCCAGCAGCUGUGGUGGACUGGAGACCCAGUCAGAAAUGCAGCAUGAAGGUGGCCAGCUCACUGUACCAGUCCAGUGAGUCCCUGGUCAGUUCCAGUGCGUCCAGUGUGGAGAACAACUGGAAAGCUGAUUUAGGAGUAAACACCAAAAAGGGGGAUGGCUCAUUGAUGCUGGCAGGGACCCAGUCAAAAUUGGCUGAGUACUCAAUGGACAAAACGAAGAGAGACAAGUUUACCUUCUUGAGCCAUAAAAUGGUCUGUAGUUACUACAGCUACAAGGUUUCCAACCAGCCCACCCUUCAUCCUGAGUUUCAGCGUGCCAUUAAUCAACUUCCAAAGAAGUACACCAGUGAGAACAAGCAACGCUUCUACAAGUUUAUCAAUGACUUUGGCACUCAUUACAUGACAAAGGUGACUCUGGGCGGGAUGGUGCAGUCAGUGACCAGCAUUAGGCAGUGCAUGGCCUCUUUACAGGGCCUGAGCUCAGAAGAGAUCAAGAUGUGUCUCAAUGUGGAGGCCAAAGCCAGUGUUACAGGCAAAGGCAAUGGAGGGGCUGAGACGAGCCACUGUCAGGAGGCGAAAGACAAGACAGGAGGCAAAAACAACUUCUCCAACAGCUUCAGUGACAGGCUCACAGAGAUUUUUGGUGGUCACACCACUGAGCCUGAGCUCCUCUUCUCUGCAGACAAAGACCCGGCUGCCUUCAAGGAGUGGCUCUCCUCCCUGCCACUCAACCCAGACGUGAUCUCCUAUUCACUGGAUCCCCUCCAUGAGUUGCUGAGCCCCAAACUUCCGGUGCAAAAACAACUACGCAAAGCAAUUAAGCAUUACAUUUUAGAGAGUGGACUCUGGCAGAACUGCUCUGAGCCCUGCAAGUCUGGUGUCAAAAGAAACCCAAAGGAGCCCUGUGUCUGCAGUUGCCAGGGUGAUCCUGGUGUAGGUAGUGACUGUUGUCCUGUUAAACGCGGUCUGGCUCGGGUCAUUAUCACUGCAGUGAGGGCCUCUGGGUUGUGGGGCGACACCAUCACAGCUACAGAUGCUUAUGUGAAGGUCUUCAACUCUCAGAACACGCAACUGGCACGAACCCAUGUGAUUUGGAACAACAACUCACCUCAGUGGAACAUGCCCUUUGAUAUCGGUGAUGUCAUCCUCUCUCAGACCAGCAUGGUGAAGUUCGAGGUGUGGGAUGAGGACAGCAAGUGGGAUGACGACCUGCUCGGAACUUGCACAGUGAACCUCAAGGAAGGAACAAAGGAUGAUGCGUGUAGCCUGAACCACGGAAUGUUCUUCUACAAACUCCAGGUGGUCUGUGGUCCAAGCCUGAGUGGCCCAUCCUGCUCUGAGUACGUGAGCUCUCCCAUGAACAGUCACCUGGAGAGGCUGUACGUGUCUCGUCAUGCCCGACCCAUACCGAAGGACAUGCUCGUGAAGAUGGGAGUGUUUGGGAAUUAACAUCCUUUCAUGAUUAACCGGAGAGAGGACCCAAAUUCACAAGGAACAGGAGACUUAAUUAAUGACAAAAUAAUUGGGGGGGGGCAGUUAUAAUUGUUGUAUAAUGUGCACACAUGUGCGUGCGUAACAAUAUAUUUUAAAACCUUGUUUAUUUCUUGAGUAUUUUUACUAUGUAUUAUGUACAGCACUUUAUUAUGCAGCAUUAUUCUAAAAAAAUUACCGUUUAGAAUUCUAGAUUAUACCUAAUUAGAUUAUACCUAAUUUAGAUUAUACCUAAUUAGACACUGCAGUCCCUUUAACUGGCCUGGUGUGGCUACAGGCUUGGAUAAAUAAAUUAGGGUUAGGAUUAGGGUUAGAAGUUAGGGUUAGGAUUCAUGUGUCAUGACAGUGUCAUGUGUUCAUGACACUGUCAUGUCACUCUUAUGUCGAUACUGUCAAGUAAAAUGUUACCGGACAUUGUUCUUUUAUUGCUAUCUUUGGUGAGGCAUUACUGUUAUCUUUGGGUGAUCUUAGG